GGGGUGGGGGGGGAAGAAGAGAGAAAGAAGCGAGAGGCUGACGGUCACCUGAUCGUUUUCCUGGUGGGGCUCGGGCACUCGACCGGAGCUCGGCAUUCUGACAUUGUCAGCAACCGCCGUCUCCCCGGAAUCUGCGUCCCUGUGGGUUGGCGGGAAGUGACUCCCCCCCUACCCUGGGCUGUGUAGCUGUCGGGGGGGAACUCAGUAAACCAGGUGCUAGAUAUCCGAUGAAGAAAGUGGGCAGAACGGUUUGAUGAAGACCAGAGAAGUAUGCUUUCCAUUGAACUGUACACCAUCAUUUGUCAUAGAGAAUGUCCCUAACUGAGAAUAGAAUGUCUUUCGCAUAUGAAUGUUCAGUACAUGGUGCCAAUAUUCUUUUGAGCCUCAAUGAUCAAAGGAAAAGAGAUCUUCUUUGUGAUGUCACCGUCCUAGUGGAAGAUCAACAAUUUCGUGCUCAUCGUUGUGUGCUUGCAGCAUGCAGCAGUUACUUUCUUUCAAGAAUUGUUGGCCAAUCAGACACGGAUGUUAUCAUCACUCUCCCAAAAGAGGUGACGGUUAAAGGAUUUGAUCCUUUGAUUCAGUUUGCCUAUACAGCUAAGCUUAUUUUAAAUAAAGACAACGUGGAUGAAGUAUACAAAUGUGUUAAAUUUUUAGGCAUACACGACAUUGAAGAAUCCUGUUUUCAGUUCCUCAGACUUAAAUUUUUGAACUCCAUCACAGACCAGCAAGAACACCCAAUGAAGAAGUGCUUUACAUCACGUUGUCAGAAAGCCAAUGUUAAAAUCCCACUAUUGGAUCAUGGGGAUCUGGAAAUAAAUGAAGUAGAAGAACUACUAGAAAAUGAACAUGUUCAGACUCCUCCCUUUAAACUCCCAACGUGUAAAGAACAUGUAGAGACACCGCCAUCUCUCCACGAGAGUGCCAAUCAGACGUAUGAAUCAUGCUUAGAAAAGGAAGAUGGUCUUGGUUUGCCGUCCUUAGGCCCAAAGUACAGGAAAUUCCAAAAAGCUUUUGGAACAGAUAGAGCUCGUAUUGUGGAGCCCAGUGUUAAAGGUGUUCAGACAUCAACAUUUGUUUCUGCUCAGCCAGGUGAAGUAUCUGAAAAUGAAGCCGUAGAAACCCAAGACUGUACAGAUUUACAGAUGAUCCUAAAACAUGAAGACAGUCAAAUAGAAAUGGAUGAGGAGGAGGAAGAAGCAAAGGAAAAAAACAAUGCAUGUCAGGAUUCUGUGGCAAAAACAGAGGUGACUCAGUUUCCUCCAGAUCCUCCUGUGGCACCCCCUGGAUUUUAUUCUCUUUCUCUUUUGCACACAUAUGAACAAUAUGGUGAUUUGAAUCUUACAGGUAUGCAAAAUGUAACUAUGUUAACUGAAGACCCUUUGACUGGUGCAGAUAUGAGAGCAGAUAAAGCAAUCACUGAAAAUCAAGCUCUGCCUUUGAAAUCUGCUUCAGGCCAAAGAGAUGAGAAGCCUGCAUCAACAAAUGAUCGAAGCAGUGUGGAAAGGGAAGUGGCAGAGCACCUAGCAAAAGGUUUCUGGAGUGACUUUUGCAAUACAGACACUAAUUGUCAAAUUCAGCUUUCACCUGCCCUAGUAGCAAAAGAUUGUUCAGAACAUGUAUAUUCACAAAAAAGAUCAGAAUGUCCCUGGUUAGGUAUCAGAAUCAGUGAGAGUCCUGAACAGUGUCAAAGAACUUUUACUACAUUGAAUUCUGUCAGCUGCCCAUUUAUAAAUACUCUUAGUAAUGAAGAAUGUACAAAUAAUUUGGAAAUAGGAAGUGAUGAUUUUGUUCCAGAAUCACAGCAAGAGCCUUGCCCGUAUGCAUGUGUGAUUAGCUUGGGAGAUGAUUCUGAAACAGAUACAGAAGGGGACAGUGAAUCUUACUCGGCCAGAGAACAAGAAUGUGAGGUUAAACUGCCAUUCAAUGCACAAAGAAUCAUUUCACUUUCUCGAAAUGAUUUUCAAUCCAUGCUGAAAAUGCAUAAGUUGACUCCAGAACAGCUGGAUUGUAUACAUGAUAUUCGAAGACGAAGUAAAAAUAGAAUUGCUGCACAGCGUUGUCGAAAAAGAAAACUUGACUGCAUACAGAAUCUUGAGUUAGAAAUUGAGAAGUUGCAAAAGGAGAAGGAGAGUUUAUUAAAGGAAAGAGAUCAUAUUUUAUCAACACUGGGUGAAACAAAGCAGAACUUAACUGGACUUUGCCAGCAGGUGUGCAAAGAAGCGGCUUUAAGUCAUGAACAAAUCCAAAUACUUGCAAAGUAUUCUGCCUCAGAUUGCCCACUUACGUUGUUAAUUUCUGAAAAAGGAAAACUUACUCCUGCCUCUGAACUUGUGCCACCGUCAUGUAUGAGUUUACCUCAUGGGCUUCCAAAUAUUCCACUGGCCAGAGAACAAAGUUCCACUUAUCCACGUGUAAGAGAAGCAAAUGAUUCAGUACAGGGACAACAGCCAGAUUCGUGUCAGAACUCCCCACGAACUUCAUCGCUGCUCAUAGGACAGUGUUGUCAGAGUGGUGGCAGCACUGAUUUCUGUCCGAUCACUGACGCUGUGCUAAGUGCUGGAGAUGCAAGGAAGGGGAAAGUCGGUUCAUACCUUCAAGGAGUGUACAAUCUACUGGGAAGACAACAUGCAAACAGCUAUGUACAAAUAAAAUAUAUGUAGGAUAAAUUUUGGAUAGUCUUGGAGGGAACACACCAGCGUUGAGGGGCAGUGGGAAAGACUUCUUGCAGAAAGUAGGAUUUUAGCUGAGACUAAUCUAAGAAGCCAGGAGGAAGAGAUGAAACAGAAGGUAAUUCCAAACAUGAGAUAGCAAGGGAAAAUCCAGAGAUAAUGGGAGAUAAGAGUAUCUUGUAUGAGGAAUGAAAUAGGAAGGAGGCCAGUGCCGCUAAAGCAAAGAAUACGUGGAGGGGAGAGUAAGGUGAAACGCUUCUAAAUUUCUGAGUCCUAUGUAUUUUUUCAAGUUUAAGAUUAAAAAAAAAACACUUUCCCCCUGCUAUCAUUAAAUAGGCAAAUACCUAUUUGAGGGAAAACUUCACAGAUCAGGGUAUAGGCCUCCCAAAUUGGGGAAGUUGGGAAAUAAUUUUCUAUGAAUUAAGUAUGAAAUUCUGUUAAGUAGAUUUCUGCUAAUAUAGAAGAGCUGAAUAAUCAAGUAAAUGUUUAAUUUAUUAACAAUCAACUUAGGAGUCUUUGGGGGCAUGUUACAUGACACCACUACUGAAUUACAUUUUAAAGUUUGAGGUUUCAAGUUUUCACCUGAAUUAAAAUUUUUGAAAGUUUUUCACUGUUAGAGAACUAAAAGGGGGAAGGGAAUUUGCAAGAAUUCACUAGAUGUGUGUUACUCAACAAGUAUUUAUUAAGCAACAUGCUUUUCUGUCAUGUUGGGACAUAACUUGUUGAAAAGCACUAACCAAUAAAGCACUAAAAAUUUGAGUAGUAUGGAAGCUUAAUUACAUUUUCUGAAUAGGGUUAUAUCUACUUGCAUAGUACAAAGGCACAAGCAGACGCCUGAAUGUUUUUGUAAAGUUCCAUACUUUAAUUUGGUGUGUAAAAUGGUUUCUAAUUCUUUGGUAAAGGCUUUGUUACUAAGAACAGUGCAUUGAAAAGCUACUCAAAAUGGAACUGGCCCUUGGAGUGGCUGGUUCCAUCACUGGAUUUAUCUUAAGUCCUUAGAAUGACUUUAUCAUGAAAAAUAUUUAGUGGUUCUGAGAAAUAAACUCAUAGUGUAUUGAAUGACCCUAAAAAUACACUUGCAAUAUCUUAUAUUGGGACCAAUCUUAAAAUUUAGAAAUUUUUAAAAUUGUAAUUUUCUCCCCCUUUUUGAUGUGGGAAAAUUCUCUAGUAUUUUAGUUGCUUAUAAAUUAUAGAUGUUGUAGCAAGGAAAUAAGUUAGGUUUUGGUUUAUUUUCUAUAUGCUUGAAGAAACAUUCUAAGUGGUCUGGAAAAAUAGCAUUUUUAUAGUGGUAAAUCACAUGUAAUAAGAUUAAAACAGAAUUGUGUAUAAAUGAUCUAAUAUUGCCAUUUCUUUUUAUUUUAUUCUUGAUUUUUCAGCUUCACACAGUUGAGUGCAAACUUUUUUCUGAUUUGCAAAAUGUCAACUCUUGUAUAAGCCAAUGGCUAGAAUCUUUGAUUCCCUACCUCAUUAUACACAUAAAUGUUUUUUCAUAAUCAGCAUGUGUAUAUGCAAAAAUGUCAAAUAAUCUGCUCUUAUUACUACUAUAAGUAUUGGCAGGUUAUUCAGUAUUUUAGGACAAUGCCUCAUUGUCUCCAGAAUUUAAAAAUAAUUUUCACAUCACUGGGUUUUAAAUCUACGUAUUCAAAUAUGUAACUAAACUAGCCUGAGAAAUCUUUUUUUUAAGGUUUAACCAAUAAUUCAAAUGUUUAUUUCUUGAUACUGAAUAUUAUUCCUUAUAACCAGCAUGUAAUGCAAAUACAAAUAACUACACUACCUCAUAUGCAAGUGAUUGUCAAGUUAUAAAACAGAUGUGCAGAGAAUAUUUUAAAGAAUUUUUAAACAUUUUUGCUUUUCCCCUUUAUAAGGUGGGGAGGUUUUUAUUGUGUAUAUUGCAUAGAUUAUGCCCUCAACAGAAUGACAGUAUAAUACAAUGGAUACCUUGACCACCAUUUGCAGUUCUUUCACCGUUUGCUAAAGAUUUCUUCAUUGUACAUGAUGUGCAAAAUCAUUUGUCUUAGCCUUCUGUCCUUUGCUUAGUGUUUCAUGUCUUACGUAAUCUUCUGAAAACAAUGACAUUUAAUACAGUCUUAAUUGUAUUACACUAUUUUUCAGAUUUUUAAAAAUAAUUUUAAUACUAACGGCAAAUUAUGUGCUACUCAGAACUAAUGUGAAUAUCAUUUCUGUGCUAAAUAUUUUUUUUAAAAAAACAUUUGUUGAAGAUAAUGUUUAAUCAUUCACAUUUUAGUAAUUAGAAAUAUAUUUAAUGCGGUAAGAAUAAAGGUUGCAUGUAGAUUCUGAGUUAUAUCAAUUUGAAAGAAAACAUGGCAAUAUUAUAAAUUCUCAGGUGAACUUUUUUUAGUCACGAAACAUGUUAUUUUGAACUUGUAAGUGUUUUAAGUGUUAAUGCAUGUAAUAAAUCAUAUUUUGAGACUUUUUGGGCAAAAUGUAAACUUAGCCAUAACAAUAAAAAAUGGCAUAUGGAUUGUAAAAUCUGAAAUAAUAACAUCUUUGUAUCUUUCAUCACCUUUCUAAUGUAACAAAAUCAUUAUCCUUCCUAAUAAGGCAAGAUCUCAUUAAAAGUAUAAUUCUGUAGUAUUACAGUUACACCUUUUUCAUUAUGCUAUUUUUUAACCGGAUGUUGGUUAAAAAUAGCCAAACCGCAAGGCAUUAGUUUCUUUGCUCCUUGGUAAUAAAUUUGCUGUUGAAUAAAUACCCUAGAAUUUAAUAAUGAA